UUGCCUGAUCAGACUGGGUUUCACUUAGACAACAGAAAUGCAGCAAAAAUUUUCCAUCCCAACUGAUGAAAGCUGAGGUAGCUGAGAAAAGAAACCUACUUUGAAAGUUAGUUGUUUAUUUGCGAGUUCGCUUUCCGGUAGGCAUCAGUUGUUAAAUGCUAAUUGAGAUAAAUUAACUUGUAUAAACUUGUUAAAGACUAUAUUGUUUGCUAACCUUCUCAAUGCCUAAACUCUGAGCGCAGACUAAUUCCAUGAGUAAGUUUUCCCGACUGAAAAGUUAGAACAACUUUUAAAAAUAAUUUUUCCAUUUUUAACAGGAGAGUAACCCACGAAAAUUAGAAUGUGUAGACUGAAGUAAUAAUUAAUACGGUAUGCCAACUUUGUAAUGAAAAAUACUUUGCGCUUAAAACUUGAAUUUAAUGCCCUUGGAUGAAAAUUGACGUAUUGACAUCAAGAUCAUACUGCCCAAGUAAACAAAUAAUAAUAAUAAACUAGGCUAGUGAAGCUCAUGAGAAUGUUAUCAACAAAUCAAUUUGUUUAAUUGAGCAAAAAAAAAACAUUCCUUGGUGUAUAACAGUCAAGAAAGCGUAAUUUGCGGAUAAGUUGUAUCUUUGAAUUCCUAGUCAAGAUCAUGGUAUCCAGUGUGGGUGACUACAUACAUAAUUGGUGUAUCUUAUCUGCAGCUGUGGCUCAGGCAUUGACAAUGAAGUCAUUAAGGAAGGAAAAGAAAGUGUUACCACUCAAAGGAGGUUGCUAAACCAUGAUGUUCCUUUUGAAACAACAUAUCAAUUUUUCAUUCAUGAGCCACAUGACAAAGCUCUAAGAUCUCUGCAGCUUAAAACUUUGAAGACAUCAAGAUCAGUUCUAGAACUUAUUUAACAUCACAUCUUCACUCUCUUUUUACACAGGCUUACAACAUCAUGUUAUUUUCAAGUCAAAUAUCUUUUGUGACUUUUACUCUCAUUGAGUUUCUCUGUAUGGUGAAUUUAAUUUUGUGCCAUGAGCACCCUUCACACCAUUCAGAUACUCAUUCAUGUGGGAAUCAGUAUGGUGAAGAUUGUAAUGUUCUCAAGAAUGAUCUUACAGAGGAGGAAAUGUUUCUGCGUGGUCAUAUGAAGCCAUUUGGAUCACAUCGUCCUCCUGACUUCGCCGUAGAAGAACUUCCUUACAUGAUUUCUCCCGUGGAUUUCUACAUGAAUUAUGUUAUAAAGCAUAAACCAGUUGUGUUUAAAGGUAAUCUAUUUUAACUGACAGUCUAUAUUCCUCUCUAUCUAUGAAUGUGAUUCUUUGAUUUACUCCAAAUGUAUUUUAUGAAUUUAAUUAUUCCACAGUAACACUGAGUUACCACUAAAUAUCAUUCAGAUACUGUACAUUUUAAUGCCAGCACAAAUCACAUGAAAGUAAAAGUUAUUUAGAAGAAAUUGUUUGAUUCUCUCAAGAAAAUUACUUUUCUUCCAAUUUAGGUGCUGUGAAAUACUGGCCUGCAUAUACAAAGUGGACAGAUCAAUACUUGAAUACAACUUAUGGCCAAGAAAGGUUUCACAUGGAAACAAAGGAUGAUGACAAAUGGAAUGUCCCCCCUGAUAUGGAGCUGAGUGAAUUUCUCUCUCAAUACAACCAUUCAAAUCGCUACCUUGUUGAUGAAGUUCUUCCAGACAUGCGAAAAGAUGUAAUUCUUCCACUGUGUUUACGCUGUGAAGAAAUGAGCUCAUUCUUUUUUGUGUCGUACUUCUGGAUGAGCACUGGAGGGACAUCGUCAUCUAUUCACAUUGAUACAGAUGAAAACUUGCUGUGUGUCAUUCAUGGACAUAAAUCUGUCCUCAUGGUGUCUCCAGUCUAUUCCACCCAUCUGUACUCUGAUGAGUCACGGGUGCUGGGUGUCUCAGACAUCAAUCCACAAGCUGUUGAUUUAGAGAAAUUUCCCAAUGUCGUGAAAGUUCGGUAUCACCGGGCCAAUGUUGAAGAAGGAGAUAUUGUUUACAUCCCCCAGAUAUGGUGGCACCAAGUUAUAUCAAGGUAAUUAUGGCAUGUAUAUUUUUGCAUAUCAUGGAUCUAAUCCUUUAAAUCCAAAGAGUGACCAGGUUCUACUUUCUCCUUACUGUGAUAUUCUACUGAAUCAUUCACUAACCCUUUAAACUGUAAGAGUGACUAGCAUCAAAUUUUUCCCACAAUAGCACCCCUGAGUCACACAUGAAGGUUAUGAGAAUAAAGGAAAUGAUCACUAAUGAAAGAAGCUUUUGAUUGGUAAACAAAUUCUCCUUGUCAGCAGUUAAAGAAAUGUGUAAAAGGCAAUAUAAAGAAUAUGCAUACUGAUGUUAGGGUGUAAAGGGUUAAGAUCGUGACAAUUAAGGAAAUGAUUGCGAACCUAUAAAGCAUUAAUUGUUAAGCAAAUUCUCUUCUUCAAUACUGAAGAAAAUGUAUAGGGAUGAGUAUGGAAAAUAUGGAUACUAUCUGUUAGUGUGUGUGGAGGGGCAGUGGCCUCAUUGUUAGUGCGUUUGACUCCAGAUCGAGUGGUGCGGGUUUGAGCCCUGGCUGGGGUCAUUGCGUUGUGUUCUUAGGCAAGACACUUUACUCUCACAGUGCUUCUCUUCACCCAGGUGUACAAAUGGGUACCAGCAAAUGUGCUGGGGGUAACCCCUGCGAUGGACUAGCAUCCCAUCCAGGGGGGAGUAGCAAUACUCCUAGCCGCUUCAUGCUAAGAAAACCAGAGUUAAGCACCUGCCCCAUAGGCCACUCAGGCCCGUAUAAAGGCUUUAUUUAUCUGUUAGUGUGUAAAGGGUUAACCUUUAACUCCCAAGGUCUCAUUAGUAAUUCUCCUUACUAUCUGCCAAACAAUUCUCAUUAUGUUAGUUUGGAAAAUUUGGUAUCAGAUAAAUUAGCAAUCUCAUACAUGUAAUUGAUAUUUUCCUUUAUUUUCAAUUCACUUGUCUGCAUGAUAUUGUAUAGAUGUACUGAGGAGAAACUCUCUCUUGGUCACUCAUGGGAGUUAAAGGGUUAAAUGAUAAAUCAGUGAUGAAUAAUGCCCUUAAUUACAUCUUUUUCAUUGCUAUAGACCUGAACGUCAACAAGCAGUGGCCUUGUGGUGGAAAUCCAAACCAGUAUUCAAAAAACCUGGAAGGGAGGCACUGCCAGUGGAAAGUCUUGACAAAGGUAUUGGCUGUAAACUGGGCGUUGAGUAUUGACUUUGAGUUUUUGUACACAAAUUUAUUAGAAAGUAAAAGGUACUCCGCAUUCUGGCUUUGUGAGAUAGUGCAAAGCAGGCUCUGGUUGUCUCCUAACCUGUUAUUACAUGUGUCUGAUAAACGUUAACUUUCUCUCCUUUAGCUACCACACAUUUCCUUGUAAAUCAGUUACAAGAAGUUUGGUGGUAGAUCAAGAUAACUUCUGCCUGAUAAGUUUGAGUAAUCUCAUUACCUGUUUGCUGGAUGAUAUAUGAAUAUUAGAGGGAGAAGUUACUUGUUAAUUACUUGUGGGAUUUUAAAAGGGUUAAGUCCCAAUCAAUAGAAAUUUGAUGCGAAUGGCAUUAAUCUGAUUAUUACAACAAUAAUCAUAUGUAGUACAACUUGGCCAUAAGUUUAUCUAAAUCAUUGUACCUCUAGUAAGAAGUUGGACAGUUUAAUUAAUAAUUAUUUAAUACAGUCGAACCUCGAUCAUCUGGACCCCGAUUAUCCGGACUAUUCGAUUAUCCGGACUUUCUUCUCUGGUCCCAAUUUUUCCAUGAAUAUUAAUUAGUUGUGAUCUUGAAAACUCAAAGUUGCAAAAAGCCCAAUAAUCCUUUUAAAAGACUGUUGAAACAGCAUAUUAUCCUAUGCGCUUUUCAAAAUUUCGAAAGUGUGACGAGACAAAGAAAUAUUCUGAUGCAUUCAGCUGAAAUAUGGUUUCAACUUGUUUAGUUCCUUUUAUGUAAACACAAAAUCAAAUGAAAAAUUCUAUUGAUUAAAGAUAAGCAGAUAAUUAUUUCACAUUCCUAUCUCAUUAAUAUUCAUAUUUUCGAUUAUCCGGACUCUCGAUUAUCUGGACUAUUUACCGAGGUCCCGAUGAGUCCAGAUAAUCGAGGUUCGACUGUAGUAAACAGUACUUACUUUACUGAUUGAAGAUAUGAAACAUUUACAGAAAGGUAUUCCUUUGGAAAUGUCCUGGCCCAGUAUGAGUUAUGGGUUCAGAAUGUGAGUGAUAUCACACCAAGAAUAAAAUGCAAGGACCAGCAGGUUUUCAUGAGCGAUUAUCAGUUUGAAAGUGACAAAAUGAAUGUACCACAGACACAGGGAGAUGGAGGCUACCUGGAAGAGGUAUGGACAACAUGAGAAGAUCACUCUAGAGUGAGAUGUACAGGUUGUAUCAAUGUUCUCUCCAUCUGGGACACUGACAGCUUAUUUCAGGGGGUCUUCUAUGGUCAUGUAAAGUUCUAAGUAAAAUCUAAAUUUCUCAGUUUUCCUGUUGUUCAAAUUUGAAAGUGCUUGAGAGUUUCAUAAUCAAAUUUUCCACAACUUCAGUUCUGAAUAGUCAGAUGGGAUUCAGACCUUUUUCUGACUGGUUAUGCCUUUCAUUAUCCACUUUCAUAUGAAUUUGAAAUGGAUUUCAACAAGUAGAAACAUUAUUACCAUUUCCAUUUUGCUAAAUAAAUUUGGUAGAAUUUUUUUUGUAGGAAACAAAAGUACAUUUGAGAAGAGAGCAAAAAGACAGUUCAGAAGCAUGUUUUGUUGUUGAAAAGGAGUCACACACAACCACUCAAUCAACUCUUUAAACCUUUGACCCAUUAGAGUAACUAGCAUCCAAUAACUCUUUACGAUAUCACCCCUGAAUCAAACAUCUAAGUCAUGAGAAUGAUGGUAAUGAUCACUAACUUAAGAAGCUCUUUAUUGUAAAACAAAUUCUCCUUGUCAGCACCCUAGGAAAUGUAUAGAGAACAGUGUGGAGAAUAUGCAUUCUGAUGUUAGGGUGUUAAGGGGUUAAUAAACAGUACAUGCAUAUGGAGGGAGACAUUCUUGGCCAAGGUCUUUUUAUGUUUAUUGGAGUAAUUCUUUGUUUGAUUCCACUCUACCAUAAUCUUAAUCUGCUUUUUAUUUUUAUUUUUGUUUGCAGGAAUUAGGCCUGAAAAUCAGUGAUCUGAACAAGCCAGAAAACAAAGAUUUGAACCCUUGUGAUUUUGAUUACAAAAAUCAGAAGAGCCCAUGUCACUUUGAAAGCUGUCGCAACCAGGAAGAUGAAGAGAACACCAAGUGCAUUCGAUAUAUACUAGACUACUGCCUACACUAUGAUGACAGAGGAUGUGUAGAUCAGCUGCCACAGUUGAUGAAUAAGCUUGGUUCUUCUCAGUACAAGGAGAUACAACAAAUGCAAUCUGAUUUUUGA